UACAAAAAGGCUUUUGCAUAUAGUCAUGCUUUAUUUAACUAGAACAUCAUUUAGAUGUUUUUGUCUUGAGAAAAAUUGCCGAACUGACUAUUGGUGUCAUUCAUUGAUUUUUUAACCUCAGUGUCUUUCGAUGGAGUUUCAGUUAAGGUUUCAACGAUUACAACAGCAUCCCUACUCCCACUAGCCCUAAAGCUCAUAGUACUUUCAAAACCUAAUUAUUCUUUUCAAUUCUCUUCAGUUUACCCUUUAAUGGGUCUUUGUUUCGUUAUUAUACUAGCCAAUUGAAAUAAAACUUAUGGCGUCCACCUGUUAAGCUUGAACUCUGAAAAAACAAGGGAAAAUGAUCGUCGAUGGGUCUUAACCUUAGUCUUAACGCCUUUCUUUUCUUCGUUACUAAGGCCCGGUUGUACCAACGAAGUUCACCGACAGAUCAACUGUGAACGACGAUCAAAGCAAAAAAUGCGUUGUACCAAGCCUGAACGCCGUUCAAAUUGCCCGGUCAACUGAACGGUGACAUUAGGCGGUUCAAGCGUCGUUCAGGGGUAGACAUAACCUUAUUAUUUGACAUAUUCCGCUUUUCGUUGUUUUGAUUAUCGUUUUGUUGUUGUUCUUAAGAUUUUUCGUAAUGGAUCCUUUAUUAGGUGAAUUAACUGACGACGAAGACUUUUUAGAAUUAGUGAGACAACAUGAACGGCUAAGGAGACCACAAACAGAACGAUUUCGACCAAACAAUUUCGAAAAAUGGAAUGACGUGGAUUUUAAAAAAAAAUUUCGACUUGCUAAACCUAUUGUGAAUUAUUUAAUAGAGGAAAUUUCCGGUUUAAUUGCAUCUAAAACAAACAAAAAUCAUGCUUUAACACCAGCUGACAUGGUAUUUAUCACAUUACGGUUCUUAGCAACAGGAUGUUUUCUACAAAGUGUUGGUGAUAUCAGUGGUGUAGACAAGUCUACUACGAGCCGCGUGAUUACAAAAGUAACUAGAGCUAUAGCAUCUUUAAGCAAGGACUUUAUUAAAAUGCCAAUGGGAGUGGAAGAUAGAAAUUCAAAGUCACAAGCAUUUUAUAAUAUUUGUCGCUUUCCAAGAUGCAUAGGAGCAGUUGAUUGUACGCAUGUGAAGAUACAAUCUCCUGGAGGGGCAAAUGCAGAGAAUUACCGCAAUAGGAAAGGAUGUCCAAGCAAUUUGUGACAGCGAUUUGAAAAUAUCUAACAUUGUGUGUAGAUGGCCUGGUUCUACACAUGAUUCAAUGAUUUUUAGAAAUUCUAGAGUAAAGGCUGAGUUUGAAAAUGGAGUAUAUGGAAAAAAUUUAUUACUAGGGGACAGUGGGUAUGGAGUAAAAUCAUACCUAAUAACCCCUUUGGCCAAUCCAACAACGAGGGCUGAAAACUUAUUUAACGAAGCUCAGAUAAGAACAAGAAACCCAAUAGAAAGGUGUUUUGGUGUACUAAAAAGAAGAUUUCCUAUAUUAGCGACAGGAAUCCGUUUAAAUGUUGAUAAAGUAGAAGCAAUAGUGGUUUCCGCUACUGUUCUUCAUAACAUAGCGUGUCAUUUUGCAGAUCCAACACCAUUAGUAACUGAUGAAAUUGACGGAAGUCAAAGCGGAAAUAAACAUUGGAAAUAAUAUAAGAGAACAUGUUCCAAAUGACUUGGGUGAUAUAAAUAAUAGUUUUAGAUAUAGUUUAAUUAAUGAAUAUUUUGAAUCACUGUAAAUAUGUUAUUUUACGAUAUAGAAUAUAUUGCUGAGUAUUAAUUAUUUACAUCUAGAACUAAUUAUUUACGUCUAGAAAAUGUUUCAAUAUUAUUUUACUAAAACAUUCUUAAAAUGUCUUAAUGUUUUAAAGUCAAAAUAACUUGUUAAUUAAUUAAAUUGUGAUUAUAAUUACCGUAAAAUAAAUUACCAUUACAUACUCUUGUAUAUAUUUUGAUUUAUGUAUAUAAUAUUAAUAUUUUUUAUUGUAUGUAUAGGAUUAUUUUUAUAUUUUUGAUAAUUCUGAUUAUAAGUAGAUAAUUAAAUAACAAUAAUUAAUAAAUGAUAUUAAAUUAAUACAAUUCAGUAUACUUGUUUGUACUAGAUAUGUAAUAUGUAAAAGAAAUAAAACGAUAUAAUAUGUAUGCAUAUUUUCAAAAUUCAUAUAUAUUGUGUGUUAAGUGUUUA